AUAUAAAGAGCUAAUUGAGAAGAACUGAAGCAAGUGAAUUAUUAUUGUGCCACCAUUUUUAACGCCCGCAACGUUUGGCGUGCCUCAUGUUACUCUGUGUUUGUAAAUGUGUAUGUAUUAUUCGUUAUUGCCGUUAAAGGAACAGUAAAAUGGACUCGGAUACUGAAGACGAUUACCAAAGCUUCAAUGAUGUGAAGAGAAAUCUUCGGGAGGUUGCAAAUAGUAGGCCGGGCACCAAUGUGGCUAAAGCUAUUCUGGCCUAUAAUGAGUCUCCCAGCCUGUCGACGCUGCUGCUGCUGCUGGAGGAGGUGUCCAAGAAUACGGAUUUUUCAACCGAUCUGCGUCUCUCGCUGAGCUACUAUAUGGAUGAGUUCUUGCGUCAAGUCGCCUGUCGGUCGGUGCCGCGUCGCUCGAUUGUCGCUGCCGCCGGCAACGUGCUGCAAUAUUGCAGCAAAAUCUAUGGAGACCGUGUGGAGCUCAUGUAUCAAGUGGUGGAGCAACAGAUCGAGGCGUUGCUCAUUGCAGAUCCAAAGAAGGCGGAGAACAACAAUAAUAACGGCAAUACCAAUGAGACAAGAAAGCCAGAGGAGCCGCGCAAGCGUCGCACCAAGAAGCUGGCGCAAAAAGAAUUCGAUCCCUUUAGUUAUAAGAUGGAACCGAAAAAGUUCAAAACAAUGUCGGAUGAGAAGCGCUUCAGUCGGGUCGGAUUUGAGACAAACAAAAAUCGAAAUCGUACAAUCGAGCACUUGUAUCAGGAGCAUACGCCAGCCAAGCUGUGGGAGCAUGAGCCUAUCAUAGAUCCAGAUAAUCCCUAUGAGCAGGAUGAGAAAAAGAACUACAAGUUGUUUACGUACCAUCCGGAGCCCAGAUACAAUACACUGCUGCCGGACAUUCCGUUCGAACGUCUUAGUUUGAUUAAGGAAUAUGUGAAUACGAAUCAGGUGGAUGUAUCGGAAACAUUAAACGAGAAUAUGUCCAACAGGGAGUAUCUAGACGAAUAUAUAGCGCUGGAGAAUCAAAUGCUCGCCUCACGUUAUGGCGAGAAAACGGGACAAAAACGGGCAAUGGAUGAUGAGGAGAGUAUGCAACCGAAACGAGUGCAUGUGGAUGAGGAGCUGACAGCGGAGAAUCAACAGAAAAGAUUGCUGGAAGAAGAUCUGGAAGAGCCCCCAAAUAAAAGAAGGCACACAGACGAUGAGGCGGAACAGGAGCCGUUGGAAAACAGUAAUAUGGACCCAGAAACAGAUAAAAGGGAUACGUUAAACUCACAAACCUCCGUGGACUCGGUGCUGAGUGAUCCGUUUCAAUCAUUAGCACUGGCAGAGACAUCUGAAGUGGUCCUUGACGAUAGCCAAAUGGAGGGGCCGGUUUUAAGCAGCACUCUGGCUAACAACGAGUCCAGCAGAUUAGACAGUCAACUUUUGGAUACGCAGGAAUCACAAUUGAAUCUUCCUGAUGGCAAGGAAGCCACUUCCCUUAAUGUACAGAUUGAUUCGGGUAUUGGCAUGGAAGACUUGAGUGAUAUGUUGCCCACAGCUCAAUCUUUUGAUGACGAGGGUGUUGUUCUUCCAGAUAACAUUGAUGAUCAGCGGCUGCAGUCGCUGUCGCCCAAGGUUAUGAUCCAUGACAUUUUGCCGGGUGUGCCCGAUAAAGCCAACCUGAGCGUACGCCUUGACGCAGAAAUGCUGGCCCUUAGUGGCAUCAAUGAACAGCUUGAGGAGAUUGUGAAUGUGCCGCGCGAGGUGCGCUAUGAUAUUAAACUAAAUAUCUUGCAGCUUCCACACAAAAAGCUGCGACGAGAAUGUCUCUUCAAGCUACCCAAUGAUUUUAAUCUGUUCAAGGAAGCGCGCCUGCCAGCCAAGCGAGUAACUGAACCCAGGGUGCCUGCGGCUCCUAAAGUUGUGGCCCCCGCAUCGCCAGCGCAUUCCGAAUCAUCUCUUAAUAAUUAUCCGCUAUUAUCCUUGGAAUCUGAAUUUGAUUCAGAACUUAAUUUUUUGGGCUUUAGACGACUAACCCAUGACUCUGGAAUCGAUCAAGAGGAGCUUAGAGCGGAAUCGGCCAAGCUUCCAUCAGAUGCAAAUAAUAUUGAUGACGAGGCUACUAAUCUUAGUGCAAUAAAUGAAGAAAUCCAGCAAGCCAGAGCAUCAAAUCAAGUAGAAGAGGAAGUUACAUUGCCAGAUGUACUACAGGGAUUAGAUACUACAGAAUUGGACACAACAAUUAUGGAUCAAAGCGAGUUGAAUGAUGCACUGCUGACAACAGAGGAGGAAAAAGAGACAUCACUGGCAGUUUUGGGAGAUGAACUCAAUGUAACUCCAAUGGAGUUAGAGCCAAGUGGACCGAACUUGGAUGUAAUUGCUACAGAUGGGGAUACAAAUGAGGAUAGCUAUAUCAUCAAUAAAAGUUCAAACAGCAUCGAUGAGGAAACUGACGCCAAGAUUAUCGAUUGGCAUCGCCGUCUGGCACCCACCUUGGAGGCGGCGCAUGAACGUCAAAACUUUAGCAUACAGGACUUAAACGACGAGGUUAUAAGGAAGUGCCAGGAGAAAAAUGGGGAGGCAACACUGGCGGAUAUGCUGGAGGAUAAAGAUGCAACCAAACUGUGUUGCUACAUGCUGUCCUCGUUGCUGCUGACAAACCAGGGAAAUGUAACGCUCAAAAUUGAUAAUCGGGACAAAAGCAAACCAAUUGAGAUGCACCAGUUUAAAAUGAAGUUAAUUAGCACCGAGAGGAAGCAGCUGAACCCAGAGGAUGACAUUGGAAAUAUGCGAAGUAGUAACUCCGCAGGAUCGAAGAAAAUCCCUCAAACUGUUAUUUCGAAGCGUGGCAAGGGAAUUUACAAGCAAGAUGCAACCGUUGAACCAGUUAAUGUAAAGACAGUGAGUCUUAUAAAACCUGUGCCCAAGUCAAGCGCACGUGCAGAGGAUUCUGAUUCCGGCAUAUCGUCGCUGCCAGCAUCGUUAGCGUCUACCACGUAGCGUUGACAGUAGGAAAUGCUGCGAUUCUGUGUGUGUUAAACGUGUGCCUCAAUGUUUAGAUCCAUGUGUAGUAGUUCGAUUGAGUAACGUUCGUGACGUUUGUAGAAUUAUUGGUAUAAUGCUUCGAUUCUCGUCCAGUAGUCGUAGCCAUUUACUAUAUAUGCUUAAAGAAUCUUGAGUUUUCUAAUUACGCGAAUUAUUCAUUGCAGCCGCAGACUUUCCACCGGGGUCUGUCCUUUCCACAGUCUUACGUCAAAAUUAAACGACUGUCUUGGUCGCGCAACUGACAAAUGCACCGAUGCAUAAAUACAAUUUUUUUUUUUUUUUGUGAAUAUGUACAAAACUAUUGUUUAAGUUCUUUUAAUUUUAGAUGCAAGUUUAAUUUUAGAUUUUUACUGCCAGUCCCUAGCACUGCUUUAUUGAACGUAGUUUAAGCCAAAAUUGACGCAGUAUUAUUUAAGCUCGAUUUCCUUAUGCUUGAAAUUAUCCUUUUCUUUAUUUUCGCAUUAUCAUCUUUUCAUUUUCUUUCAUUUAUUCGAUUUUUGUUUUCUUUCUUUUUUCAUUUAAUUUACAUUUUUUUUGGAUUUAUUUUAAUUUGAUCCUUAUUCAUUGAAAUUCUUGAUUUAACCAUUUUAUAAUUUUUUCACCCAUUUAACAUUCUUUCAGAGACACAAGAUUUAAGUAAUAGAUAUCUAAAAUCAAGCACAAUACACAUAUUUUGGAAAUCAUAUUGAGCUGAUAGUACUAAAAAAAUCAAGUACCUGAUCUCCUAGUGUAUAAAGAAAUUUUUUUUUCCUACUUUUAAGAAGCUGUAAAUAGCGUAUACAUUUUACAUAUACAUGCAUAUACACCUGAUACAGAACAUUAUCUAUUUACAUACAUAUGAAUGUGCAAACAAAAAAUAAUUUUUUUUUUAGUAUAAGAACGC